GCGCGGGGGCCGCCGGAAGCGGCGGGAGGCGGCCGGAGCGGAGCGGGUCGGAGCCGCCGGAGCGGCAGCGGCGCAGCGCGGAGCUCCAGCCCUGCGUUCCUUCCUCCCGUCCUUGCGUUCCUGCCUUCGCUCCGCGGCAGCGGCGGUACCGAUGAGCGGGCUCCGGGCGACCGGCGUGCGGCCGCUGCCGACCUGCCUGCUCCUGCUGGGGCUGCUCCUGCCCGCCGCGGGCGCGGGGUGCGAGCUGGAGGCGGCGGACGGCGGCGGCGGCCGGCGGGGAGGACGGGGAGGCGCGGCCGCCUCUGCGGCGGAGCCGGUGACAGAUCCCUGCAGCUCACUCAGCCCGCCGUGCUUUACUGAGGAGGACCGAUUCAGCCUGGAAGCUCUCCGCAUGAUCCAUAAGCAAAUGGAUGAUGACAAAGAUGGUGGGAUCGAAGUAGAUGAAAGUGAUGAGUUUCUAAGGGAAGACAUGCAAUACAAGGAUGCCUCAAAUAAACAUAGUCACCUGCACAGAGAAGACAAGCAUAUUACCAUUGAGGAUUUGUGGAAACGCUGGAAAACGUCUGAAGUUCAUAACUGGACUCAAGAGGACACUCUUCAGUGGCUCUCAGAUUUUGUUGAAUUGCCCCAAUAUGAAAAGAAUUUUAGAGACAGCAAUGUCAAUGGAACAACACUUCCCAGGAUAGCAGUAAAUGAACAUGCUUUCAUGAUCUCUCACUUGAAAAUAAUUGACCGGAGCCAUAGACAGAAGCUUCAGCUUAAAGCCUUGGAUGUUGUUUUAUUUGGACCUCUCACCCGUCCCCCUCACAACUGGAUGAAGGAUUUUAUAUUAACAGUUUCUAUAGUUAUUGGUUUUGGAGGCUGCUGGUUUGCAUAUACACAGAACAGAACCUCAAGAGAACAUAUCACAAAAAUGAUGAAGGACUUAGAAAGUCUCCAAACAGCAGAGCAAAGUCUUCUUGACUUGCAGGAAAGGCUUGAGAAGGCACAAGAAGAGAAUAGAAACGUUGCUGUUGAAAAGCAAAAUCUUGAGCGCAAAAUGAUGGAUGAGAUCAAUGAUGCAAAACGUGAAGCUCAUCGCCUAAGGGAAUUAAGAGAGGGAGCUGAAUGUGAGCUCAGCAGGCUCAAAUAUGCAGAGGAAGAGUUGGUACAGGUUCGUAUGGCUUUAAAAAAGGCUGAGAAGGAGUUUGAGUUGAGAAGUAAUUGGUCUGUUCCUGAAGCUUUGCAGAAGUGGCUUCAGUUAACACAUGAAGUUGAAGUACAGUAUUACAAUAUCAAAAGACAGCAUGCAGAAAUGCAAUUAGCAAUUGCUAAAGAUGAGGCAGAAAAGAUAAAAAAGAAGAGAAGCACUGUAUUUGGAACAUUACAUGUUGCACACAGCUCCUCCCUGGAUGAAGUGGACCAUAAAAUUCUUGAAGCAAAGAAAGCACUCUCUGAGCUGACGACGUGUUUGCGAGAGCGUCUUUAUCGAUGGCAACAGAUCGAGAAGAUUUGCGGGUUUCAAAUCGCACACAAUUCUGGGCUACCAAGCUUGACCUCCUCCCUCUACUCUGAUCACAGCUGGGUAGUUAUGCCUCGAGUUUCCAUUCCUCCCUAUCCAAUUGCAGGGGGAGUUGAUGACUUAGAUGAAGACACUCCUCCAAUAGUUUCACAGUUUCAUGGGUCCAUUGUAAAACCUCCCAGCACACUGGCAAGAAGCAGUAGCUUGUGUAGAUCAAGACGCAGUGUUGUGCCAUCAUCUCCACAGUCUCAGCACGCUUUGCACUCCCCUGACCCUGACAUCCUUUCUGUGUCGAGCUGCCCAGCUCUCUAUCGAACUGAAGAGGAGGAGGAAGCCAUUUACUUCUCUGCUGAUAAACAAUGGGAAGUACAGGAAACAGGUUCGGAAUGUGACUCCUUAAAUUCAUCCAUUGGAAGAAAACAGUCUCCUCCAGCGAGUCUUGAGAUGUACCAGACAAUUUCUCCUCAGAAAGUAUCGCCAGAGGAAUUCUCACUUGAGGAAUCAUCUACGGGAGACUCCUCUUCUCUAACUGCAGAUAUUUCUAGGGGCUCUCCUGACUGUGUAGGCAUGGCAGAAACUAAGAGCAUGAUCUUUAGUCCUGCAAGCAAAGUUUAUAAUGGAAUCCUGGAGAAGUCUUGCAGCAUGAACCAGCUUUCAACGGGGAUCCCCGUCCCAAAGCCUCGUCACACCUCAUGUUCUUCGACCGGCAGUGAUAGUAAACCCAGCCAUGAAGCUGCUUCCGUCCCUCGGAUAAGCAGCAUCCCACAGGACCUCUACCAGAAUGGGGAAAAAAAUAAAAAGCCAUCAAAAAUAAAAAACCUCUUUAAGAAGAAGUGUAAGUGAGGUGGGCAGAAGAAAACCUAGAGUAACAUUAUAAGAACUCUAUUUUUUAAAUCUUUAGGAAUGUAAUUCCAUUUGAGCAUUCCAGACUGGAUGCCCCAAUGGAAUACUCUGUAGGUCUCCUCUAUUUAAUGACUGUACUGUCAACGGUUGUGCCAGCUGUCAAUGAGAAAUCAUUAAAAAGUUCAGACAGUUUACAUUAAUUUCUGCCUAUUUAUUUCUUUGUUUUUUUAGUUUGUCUUUUUCAGCUUUUUUUUUUUUAUUUGAUUUGUUGGGCUUUUUUAAGUUUAUUCAUAAACCAUUUUUAAGCCACUUUGGACUCCAAAGCUUUAAUGGACUAGUAAGCCUUCCUGGGCUUGCCAAAGUUUCUUGUUUACUGGAGCAUCUUCCUGUCUUUCCAUAGAAAUAGGACAUUUAUCUACCGGACUUCAACAAAAAUAAAAGAAGUAGAAGUAAAUGAAUUGCACUACUGUUUUACAGACUGGAACAGUCUCUGCAAGUGAAACUGAAAGACUUGUGUUUGACUGAGAAGAUGAAUCUUUUCACUUUUAGAUCUUUUGGGGUUUUUAAGUAGAAUUUAGCAUUUCUAACUGACUUGAUUUCUGGAAAUGGAAAUGUCAUGCUUUUAUUAUGGGAUGUUUUGUUAAUGCAUUUAUUAUUAGAAUGGUUCCAGUCCUGCUGUAAAGAUCAUUUUUUUCCCAGGACUUUCACUGUGAUUUUAAUUCACUGCAGGCUGUAUGACAACUAAAAAAAAAAAAAAAAAAAAAAAAAAAAAAAAAAAAAAAAAAAAAAAAAAAAAAAAAAGGAAAAAAAAUAAA